AUGGCCACACCCGCCAGUGGGCGGUGCAGGCGACUCGCCGCCCUGCCUGCUCUCAGUGGAAAGCAGCAGCACUAUGACUGCAAGGCCGUGCAGGCGGCGGAUGGCAGGGAUGGGGAUGGGAGGAAUGGGUGUGGUGGUGGGGGGGAUGGUGGGGGGGAUGGUGGGAGGGAUGGUGACAGUGAUGGUGGGAGGGAUGGUGACAGUGAUGGUGGGAGGGAUGGUGACAGUGAUGGUGGGAGGGAUGGUGACAGUGAUGGUGGGAGGGAUGGUGACAGUGAUGGUGGGAGGGAUGGUGACAGUGAUGGUGGGAGGGAUGGUGACAGUGAUGGUGGGAGGGAUGGUGACAGUGAUGGUGGGAGGGAUGGUGACAGUGAUGGUGGGAGGGAUGGAUGUGUGGGUGGGGAAGGGACAGCAGAGGAGAGAGCAGAGUAUGGGGAGGAGGAGGGUGAGGAGACCGAGAGGGAGUGGGAGGAGCAGGAGAGGGUGAGAAAGCUGGUGUUGGAAGGCGUGUUAGCAGGCGCACUAGAGGACGUGGAUAAGGAAUUCGCACAGGAAGCUCGUAAGCACCGCUGGUGGUCGGGCUCCACGGCUGCUGUCGCCCUGCUUCUCUUCCACCGCCGGCUGCCCUCGCCUCCUUGCUGCCACCCCUGCUGCAGCACACGCCAUACUCACAACGACAAACACACCCGCCGCCGCCGCCAGCACUUAUGCUCUCCUGAUGCAUGCACAGCUGUCCAAGAACAUGAAACCGAGUGGGAGCUGCUGCACGUGACAGUGGCCAACAUAGGGGACUCCAAGGUUCUAGUCUGUGGUGGGGGCAAGAGGCACAGUGGGCGGGCGACAGAGGAUGGGCGUGAGAUGCAUACAAGUGCAGCAGGGGAGCAACAGCAGAUGAGUCAGGAGGAGCGACGAGAUGUGACAGAGGGUGCUCUGCCGGGGACUGUUGAGAAGCAGGGUGUGUUGGCAACCACUGAUGGCAUGGUGCGGCCUGUCAGGGACCUGUACCCUAAGUCGAGUGCCGUUGCUAUGGCAGCAGCAGGGGUGCGUGAGUGGAGGUGGCCAAUGGAAGGAGCGUUGGACAGGGGUAGGCAGCCGGUUUCGGUGUGUGGUUGCAGACAGGCAGCCGAACAGAGCAUGAGCGAGCCAGAGCUGCGUCGCUUGGCGGUUCUGCAGAGACGGAAGCAGCGCCUUCGCGAGCAGCAGAGGCGACAUGCUUUGGUGAAGUACAAGCAGCAGGAGCAGCAGACGCAGAGGCAGCAGGAGGAGCUCGAGCAACAGAAGCAGCAAAGACAGGCGUUACCCAUGCCCCACGAACAGCAACAGCAGCAGAAGCUUGAGAAGCAGGAACAGCAGAACCACGCACUAACCGUGGCCCACAAGCAGUGUAACCCAGCGUCGCCGUCAUUCAGUUCCCUACAGCAGCAGGAGGAGCAGCAGCAGGAAGUGGGGUGUUCUGUUUCAUCGAGGACAGAAGGGCCGACAGACGGCCAUGGCAUGAACAGGUCUUUGAAACGUUCAAAGAAGCGUCCCCUGGAGAUGUGCACAGCAGAAUUGACAGAUGACCACAGGGCGGACAGGGAGGACGAGAGGCGGCGUGUGGAGGCGAUGGGGGGGAGAGUGGAGGAGCGGGGCGGCGUGGCUCGCGUGCAAGGCGAGCUGGCUGUGACUCGCGCCCUUGGUGACCUGCAGUACCGCCCCUGGGUGGUGGCCACUCCUGAGAUCACCGAGUGGGUGGUGCGGCGUGGGGCAAGGGGCCGUGGUGCAAGUGGGAGUGGCAUGGGAGGUUGUAGGGUGGAUGGGAAGAGGAGUGGGCAGGUGGUGAAUGAAAGUGAUGCAAUAAGGGAGGUGUUGAAAGUGGAGGGAAGGGAGGAGGGGGAGUGGGGAUUCGAGUGUACCCAGGUUUUGAAUGGGAGUAGAGAGGUGGAAGAGCGAGAAGUACAAGAAAGGAAUUCGGGGCAAGCAGGUCAAGAUGGGUCAGCAGGUGGCAGGGAACGCGAUGGAAAAGGCCAUGUAGCGCCUGAGAAGGAAGGAGAGGAGGGGGAGGUGCUUGAGGAUGGAGAGGAGGAGGUGGAGGAGGAGUAUUUGAUCGUGGCAACUGAUGGGGUCUUCGAGCGAAUGAAACCAUGCCAGGUGUGCGGCAUUGUGGGCAGGGCGAGUCGGGAAGGAGCCAUCAGAAGGAGAAGCAAGAGAAGCGCUGGAAGGGAUGAUGGUGGUGGUGGGGGUGUUGAUGGUGAUGGCGCUGGUGGUUAUGAUGGCGAUGAGGAGGAGGAGGGGGAAGACGCAAAAGGGGAGGAGGAUGAGGAGGAUUGGGUGCUUGACAGUGCUGCUGCUGCUGCUUCUGCUGCUGCAUCUGGCCAUGAAAGUGAGGUCACAGGGGGAUCGCUGCUCCAUGCCAUUCCCCUGCCAAUUGGGCAGCAGGAAGGGGACGACCGGGGAGCUCUUGCUGUGGUGAGUGGGGAACGGCAAUCUGCAGUGCAUGAACAGUCACAGGAGAUUGCACAGGGAGAAGUGCAGCUGCAGGGGCACAUGGAAGCAGCGAGGCAGCGGCAGCAGCAGCAGCAGCAGCAGGUGAUGGUGCAGAAGGGGCAGCUGCCGUACUGCUGGAUGUUAGAGGGCGUGGAGCAGGGACCCCUCAUGUGUGUGCGCAGGGACGGUGGUGAGGCGGAGACUCAGCUGGCACUUGCCUGCUGGCCCGAGGGCCAGUGCACGGCUGAGGGGAGAUGCAAUGCUGAUGGGGGAUACGGUGUUGAAAGUGGGUGCAAGGGGCAAUGUGGGGGUGCACAGCAGGUGGAGGGGGGUCAGGUGGUUGUGGUAAGGGAGAAGCAGCCCCACCCGCUGCAGCUACCACAGCAGGAGCAGCAGCAGGAGCAGGAGCAGGAGCAGCAGCAGCAAGAGCAGGCACUGGGGCAGGUGGUAUUGAGAGGCGAGUCUGGGUUGGUAGAGGCAAGGAGAUGGGAGGGGAGGGAUCCAGCGAGGGUGUGUUGGGAGGGGAGUGAGGAGAGGAGGGAGGUGGCGGAGUUGGCAGAGAGGAUCACACGAGCUGCCAUUCAACGAGGCACUCUGGAUAACGUUGCUGCUGUUGUGCUUAAGCUCUCACAGUCACAUUCACUCAGAAAGUUGCACACCCACUCACGCUCGCGUGCACCCUCUUGUUCCUCCCGUCGCCAUUCCCAUUCAAGGUCAACUGCCAGUGCCCAGCCACCCACAAAGUCAGAAGCUCGCGCCUGUAGCCGUCCAAUCCACACCCACGCCCCACCCACCGCCGUAGCACUCUCUGCCUCCCGUGCUACAACUCCUGCAGCAACUCGUGAACCACCCGAGACCCCCGUCUCAACCACCCCUAUAUCACAGCCACACACUCUCUCUAAGCAGCAGAACAGUCAAUCGUUGACGCCACUCUCUGAUACCUCUGCUUCCUUGCCUCCCAGACACCUCGCUUCUCUCUCCCACAGUCCGGGACAGAAACAAGGUCCAGGAUCUCCAGAGCUUGUUUCUGUCCCUCACCUUCCCCAGCCUCCACACCCUGUCCUGCAAAAAAGGUCCUCCACGGUUCCGAUUCUGGUGGGGCCAGAGCAGCAGCAGGAACCCACUCUGCCGCCUGAGGCGCCUUCUCAGCAUGGAAACAACCCAGCAGCAUCCGGCAUUUCCUCCUCCCCACAUUGCUACGAGCUGCUCAGACCCCUUCCUAUUGCUGCUGCUGCGUCUCGUCCCUCCCUGGUGCCUCUUUGGCAUGACCGCACGUGGGAAAAGCCGUGGCAGAAGCCUCCCCAGUACCUCGAUGCUAGUCUCACAACAGGGCACGUUACUAAGGCUCAGCAUGGCCCAGCCCUUCCUGCUGCCUCCUCCUCCCAUCCCAAAUGUGUAGCAGGCGGCACUGCAAUGGCUGUGUCUGCUGUUGUUGUUCCAACCCUGAAUCGCCAUAAGAGCGGUAGCAGUAGCCGCAGCAGCGAUGGUGAUGGUAACCGGAAUGCUGAACGCAAGAUUAAGGAGCACGGGAUGGUGCAAGGUUUCGACCAGCAAGGUUUGGACCAAUCAGCUGAGCCCAGUCCGCCUGGGAGCCAGCUGGCAGCUCUCGGUGCACGGGCUGUUAUGGAGGCCUUCCAGUGCUUGCUCAUCUGGCCCCCAUUACAGUCACACUCCUCCUCAACCUCUGCCACCUCUUCCGAGGACCAUCGCACCACUCUGCACUCCUCAAAAUCUCUUCAACCACCGGGACGUCCAUCAGCUCCUUCACAGCAUCUAAUGAGGAGGAGGCGGAAGGGGAGGAGGAGGAGGAGGAGGAGGAGGAGGAGGAGGAGGAGGAGGGAGGAGGAGGAGGAGGAGGAGGAGGAGGAGGAGGAGGAGGAGGAGGAGGAGGAGGAGGAGGAGGAGGAGGAGGAAGAGGAAGAGGAACACAAUGAGGAAGAGGAGGAGGAGGAGGAGGAGGAGGAGGAGGAGGAGGAGGAGGAGGAGGAGGAGGAGGAGGAGGAGGAGGAGGAGGAGGAGGAGGAGGAGGAGGAGGAGGCGGAAGCACCGCCACUGUUUGUGCUCAAGCGACUUCUGGUGGGUGGAGUGAAGUGGUUGACCUCAUCCCUCGUUACUCCUCUGUGUGCUUCAUGGGUUCAGGUGGGAGUGGGCGCUCGACUGAGUGGGCUGCGAGAGAAGUACUUCGGGGAGAUGCUCCUCAAUGCGACCAAUGUGGUGCUGCCACGUGGCAGCCGCCAUCGUGGCAGCAGCAGCAGCGACGAGAGGCGCGAUGACGUGGAUGCUGACGUGGACGAUGAGCUGGUGGAUGCCCUGGGCCUCAACCACAUCGCUCGCUACGUGGAAUCGUUUGAAACCACCAGUGAUGAUGACAUCAGCACUGACACAACCACCACCAAUGGCGACGGUGCUGAUGGUGAUGUCAGCGGUGUUGUCAACAGUGAUGUCAGCAGUGAUGUCAGCAGUGAUGUCAGCAGUGAUGUCAGCAGUGAUGUCAGCAGUGAAGUUGACGAUAAAGGCCGGAGUGGGGAGCAGCAGGAUAAGGAGCCAAGCAAGGAGCUGCGGAAGGAGAAGCUGAGGGAACAGCGCAAAGAGCAGCGAGAGGAGGCGAGCAAGGAUCAGAGGAAGGAGCAGAGGAAGGAUCUGUGGCUGGUGUUUGUGCACGAGGGGGUGUCUCUCUCGUCUCUGCUGUACACGAGUGAUUCUGAUGGGGAGGGAGGCGGGGAGGAGGUGGAGAAAUCUGAGGAAGGAGGGCAAGAAUGGGAGGGAACGAAACAAGAGAACGGAGGGAAGGAAGAAGGGGGAAACGAGAAGAAUGAGCAGCAGCAUGCGAAUGGGGAGCAGGCGAGUGGGCAGCAGCAUGCGGGUGGGGAAAAUUCAAGUGCUGAGCAGCAGGGAACGAGCGGGCAGCACCGCAUCAUGCGGCCUUCGAGGUGGUGGCGGUGGUUGCGCACCACAGAGGAGGGAGAGGCAACUGUGAGGAGCAUCCUGAGACAGACGCUGCUGGGACUUGCUGCGUUGCAAGCACGCAACAUAACCCACAGGGACAUCAAGCCAGUGAACUAUGCUGGCUGCCCCGCUAGUUCUAACGCUGGCAAAAAACCUGAGAACCUCAUUCUGAAGCCUCAAACCAGGAGGACGAGCAGAAGUACAGAGCGCGAACACCCCCAGGGGGGACGUGCUGGGGGGAGGGCAGAAAGGUAUGCAUCGCAUACACCAGCACCUGACUCCUCCCCUUCCUCGCCAUCAGCAACAGUAGGAGAAGUGCCAGAAGCAGCAGCCGAAGCAGCAGCAGCAGCAGCAGCAGCAGCAGCAGCAGCAGCAGCAGCAGCAGCAGCAGCAACAUUAUCCUCCUCGUCAGCCAACGACAGUGCUGCACGUGGACCUGAUUCCAUGGAAAACCCGCUUCCGGAUUUCAAUGCUGACACGCACGUUCGUGUGCUAGACCUGGGAUCGGCUGUCGACCCGCAUUCUGUUCGCUUCCUCUACGGCCCAACAGGGCCCUCCAGCGCAGAGGAAACAGAGCUCUACUCGCCCCCAGAGGUUCUGCUGCUGCCACAGAGCCUCCCAAGUGCUGGGGGUGUGGGGGAAGGAGUGGACGCAUCGGGAGAAGUAGGGACAGCAGCAGGGGGGGGUGGGACUUCUGGGGGAGGUGUUGACUGCACGAAAAACAGCUCGAGCAGCAGCUGCUUCCACAUCAGCAGCAGAAUGCACUACGGCUACGACAUGUGGAGUGUGGGAGUGCUAAUGCUGGAACUCCUCUUCGGCUCGCCACAUGUCUGGUCCCUCCCGCCUCGCACUCAGGCGCUGCUAGAUCGCUCCCUGCAAGCAGCCCAAUGGCCCCAGUCCACCCGGCGAACUGCCUUCCUCUUGCGCGCAUGGAUGGAGCUCUGCAUUUUCACGCCUGCACUCUUUGAAGCGCCGCCAAGCGAGGGGACUUCUGCACCAGGGGAGGAGGAGGAGCCAUCUGUAGCAGCACACAAGGAUGAGCCCGACGGUGCAGGGGGGUGGAGUGUGGUGGCGCCGUGGGAGUGCAGCGAAGCAAGCAUUGCCGCACAGCUGAAGCUCAGGGACCCGCUCAAGAAAGGGCUGCCCAGCAUUUGGGCCCUGCGACUGCUGAGGCGACUGCUGCAAUGGUACCCUCGCGCGAGGCUCUGCAGCAUGCCUACUUUCGACCGGAAGCACCUCGAGGAUUCAAGUGUCCAACAUGUGGGCAAGAGUUUGAGUUUCGUUCAGAUUGUGUCCAGCAUCAUCUCUUCCCUCGACAGUGUGUGCGCCGCGUCCCUGAGCGGCACGACGAGCGUCGUCGUCGAUUCGCGAUUUGCUGAGGCGUUCGCCGCGUUUGCUGCUUCGGAGUCGCACUUCUACCGCGAUUCCUGCAGCUCCUCGAGGCGAAUCGACGGCCGGUCUCUCUUGGUACGUGUAUCCCAAAUCCCCAUGCAUCCUACUGCCGCUGACCCGCAAGUAUAUCUCCCGUGCGAGCAAUUGGACGCGACCGACCACGUGCGCCGCUCCUCCUCCGCCGCCGCCGCCGGCUCCGCUGGUAGCGCGACCGCGAGCGAGCGUAGGGACAGCGCGAUCCGCGCGUUAGCGGAGUCCAUUCUCGUCGGCUGCCCCGCGCGCCACUCCUUCGCCUUCUCCUCUUUGGGAGCAGACGCCGCGGAUGGCGCGUAUGGAAACAACCAUGGCGGCGCGCGUCGCUCGUCCAUGUCAUCGUUCGCCUUCCGCCCGCGCGGCUCUUCUUCCUCCUCCUCCGCCUCAGGGGGACGAAGCUCCGCGUCUUCCGCGCGUUCCCGCCUCUCCUCCGCGGCGUCGUUCGCUUUCCCCGCGCUCGCCUCUCUCCCCGCGUCCCCGCGACCCUCGGACAGCUCGCUGUUCACUAUCGCGGAAGCGCUUACCGAGUCUCAGACUGCGGUGCUUGCGUCACCUUCUGACGGUCAGUCAGUUGACGGUCAAGUCGCCGGCAGUCUGGGAGAAACGGGCGUGUGCGAUGAGGCGUCGGCGGCGGCGAAAUCGGCGGCGGACGGCAGUUUGCCGCCCGAUCUGAGCGGGCUGAGCAACGGGGAGCUGCUAUUGGUCGCGGCGAGCCGCAUCGCGCUGCUCACCGAGUCGCUGAGCGAGUCGCGCACGAUCAACGAGGAGCUGAUGAAGGAGAAGGACGCGGCGCUGUCGCUCCUGAUGGACACGCAGCGCAAGCUGACGGAGGCGACGACGCGCGCCGUGCUGUCGAUGCCACGUGUCAACAGCUCGUGCGAUCUCGCGGGGCUCGCCGUUGGCGGAGGUUCUGGUGGGCACGUCAGCUCUCCGCCGUCGUCGCCUUCUGCCACGUCGGCGGUCGCCACGUCAGCGCCAGCAGGGUCAACCGGGUCGCCGCUGACGGGGCAGAAGGCGAAGGUCUACUUGGACGACGACGACGACGUGGACUACGACGAAUCGGACGACGAAUGCGACGUCGCUCGCAGGCCCGUCGCGCCAGUCGCACCAGUCGCACGCGUCGCGCCAGUCGCAGAAGAAGCUCAGUCGGCGGAGAGCGAGGAGGCAGAGUAUGCGCGGUUUCUUGAGCGGAAGGUCGCGGAGCUGCAGGCGGCGCUGUCGCAGGCGGAAGCCGCGCUAGAGUCCGCGCGCGCGGAACGCGAAGCCUUGGCGGAAGGCCAGGAGCGCGCGGUUUCCGCCGCACUCGAGAACGCCGCGGCUUCCGCGGAGCGCCCGCGGGCGCGGGAGGUCGAGCUGAUGGUGGCGCUGCGGGCGGCGGAGGGGCAACUCGCUGCGGAGCGCAGGCGCCACGUGGCAGAGGUCGAUCUGCUGAAGGAAGAACUAGACGCGGCGCGUCGGGAGAAGGAGGGGUAUGUAACGAGCUUGGAAGCCAUGGCUCGGGUGCUGGAUGCGCAGCGGGAGGAGCGGGAUGUGAUAAUAACGAGGUUAGAAGCGGAGAAGGCGGAUAUGGUGGGUGAGCUGAUGGAUGUGAUUGUAGAGGCCGUGGCUGCAGCGGGCGCUGCGAGUGUAGCUGGGAACCCAGUUAUUGCAGCUGUGACGGAUGACUGCAAGGAUAGAGCUCCUGUGAUGGCGGUCCGUCGCGCUGAGCUGUUGGGUGCUGCUGCUGUGCUGGAACCGGUUCUGGCUGACGUGGCAACUGUGAACGAGGCGUCUGCUGAUGGGACAUCCAUUGCUGCAGUCGCGGCGGUUGGUGAUAUGGCGGAUAGGGAGAUUGCGGCAGCUGAGGCGGCCCUGGGGGAGAAAUCUGGAGAAUCCAGGCAAGAGGCUGCUGGCAAGGCACGGGUUGUGAGGGACAGAGACCUCCCUACUCGCCGACACACUGUGCUCUCGUGCACUCUCCCCUGCUCUUCCCUGCCCUGCUCUUUACCUCCCUCACACCUCGACCCCUCCCACUGCCGCGCCUCUCUGCCCUCCCUGCUGCCUGUUGGUUACGAGCUGGUGGAAGGCCGACAGGGGGAGGGGAUGGGAGGGCGAGGGAGUGAGGAGAGGGGAAGGAGAGGGAUUGAGGGACAUCAGACACGGAGGGAGGGGGUGAGAAUGGGGCAUGGUGGGGAGGAGGGAGAGGGGGAGGGGUAUGCAUGGCAAGCGUUCCGGGCUCUUAUUGAUGGUGGUGCUAUGCCAGGUGACUAUAACGAAGCUGGUGGGGUGGAGACAAGGGGAGACAGUACGGGCGCUGCAGGCGACUUUGUUGGAGGUGAUAUUAUCAGAGGUGAUUCUAGGGAAGGUGAUACCAGUGAGGUGGAUGUGAUGCAGAGAAGACGAAGGAUGUCAGCUGGGAGGCGGCGGUGGUGGGACCGGGGGGUGAUGGAGCGAGUGAGAGCGUGGGAGUGGCGUGGGGGGAGGCAGAGGGGAGCUGUGACUGAGGGUGGGAGAGCAGAGGAGGGAGCAGUGGAGGGGGCAGUGGAGGAGAGGCGGGUGGAGGAGGGGGAGGAGGAGCUGAGGCAAAUGCAAGAGAGGAGGGAGUGGGAUGCGGGGGUGGAAGGGCGUGGAGAGAGGGAGCAGGGAAUGUGGGAGGUGGGUGAGCCUGCUGCAAGGGGGAAUUAUAGAAGGGGUGCAGAUGUGGGAGGAGCAAGCGGUUUUCUAGGGGAUGAGGAGUGGAGUAAGCAUGCUAUUGGGGGGGGACUGGUGGAGGCGGAGGAAGUGAGAGAGGGGGAGAGUGAUGAGGAUGCUUGGUGA